GCCGGGGCUGCGGUCGGUUGGAGGAGUGGAGCGGGAAAGGAAGCCGGCACCCGGAUCUGAGCCGGAGGAGCUACGGGCGGGUGAUUGCUCGGGGAUCGGCAGCGCUGCUCGCUCCUACUGCUGGGACCCGGAGCCUGAGACUUUGGGGGGCUCUGGAGCAGCCGGAAGCCCCCGGGCCCGUGGCCUGAAGCCUCCCAUGUGCCCCUUGGCUUGGGCGUCCCAGUGACUCGAGGGGAGGGGUCGCCCUCCUUCUCUGUGACGUCCAGCCGGCUCCUGUGACUCUCGGUUCCAGCCUGUUCCCGUUCGCUCCUGGGUGGUCAAGCAGAACUGCCCUAGAAGAAGACCAUGGCCAGGUACAGCCACCAGAGCCUCCUGGACUGGCUCUACGGGGGCGUGGACCCCAGCUUUGAAGGCAACGGGGGCCCCGACUGUGCUGCGUUCCUCUCGUGGAAGCAGCGACUGCUGGAGAGCGGGGCCUUUCUGGCCCUGGCCGUGCUGGAGAUCCUAGUGGCCCUAUGGCAUCUCCUGUGGAAGCCGAAGGAGGACGGGGGAGGUCGAGGGUCCUGCCCCCGCCUCCCGCCACCUCAGCCGGCCAAGGAGAGCCUCUUCAAGAACCUGCUCCUCGUGGCCCUGUGCCUGACCUUCGGCGUGGAGGUGGGCUUCAAAUUCGCCACCAAGACCGUCAUCUACCUGCUCAACCCCUGCCACCUGGUCACCAUGAUGCAUAUCUUCCUCCUGGCCUGUCCUCCCUGUCCAGGUGUUGUGGUCAUCUUCAGGCUACAAAUGCACAUGUUGAAUGGGGCUCUGCUUGCACUGCUUUUUCCCGUGGUAAACACUCGCCUGCUGCCCUUGGAGUUGGAAGUUUACUAUGUUCAACACAUCAUGCUCUACGUGGUGCCUGUCUAUCUGCUGUGGAAAGGAGGUGUCUACACUCCCGAGCCGCUCUCCAAUUUUUGGUGGGCCCUCCUGGCGACUGGCCUAAUGUUCUUCUAUCACUUCAGCAUCUUACAAUUCCUGGGCCUGGCCACCGAAGUGAAUCUGAACAACAUGCUUUGCCCGGCCAUUUCUGACCCAUUCUAUGGCCCCUGGUACCGGAUCUGGGCCUCAGGCCACCAGACCCUCAUGACCAUGACCCAUGGCAAGCUGAUCAUUCUGCUUGCCUCCACUGCCAGGCCCAUGUUCAAGUACCUGCUGGAUCUACUCCAUCUUCCAACCAAGAAAAUUGACUGAAGAAUUUGCUCUCCCUACUUGGAGAUGGCAUCGGGAAAGGGGGAUUGUGUGUGUUGUGUUUCUUUUUCUUCUUGUCCCCCUGCCCUCCCCCAUGGCUCAGACUGCUCACCGAGCCUGAAGCCAGGCCCCCUGGGCCCAUUGCUCUUUCCCCCCCCGCUCCUGGUGGCCUUACCUGGGGAGGUGGCAGCUGAUCUCUCUUCUCUUCAUGCAGGUGCUUUAGUGAUAGCUCAUUGAGGAAGGAAGGUGCUACAGCAGCAAAACCAUGAAAACGUGUUCUUUCCACUGCCAGGGACCCCCAGGCCUGUCCUCUUCUGUUAGCACAGCCCCCACCAUGGGCCCAUACCUCAUCUCUGUACCAGCAAUGAGCCCGGGGGAGUGGGGAAGUUCCCAAAAUCACAGCCAAAGUAGGCACUGGGCUAGCCUGGGACCACCUACUCUGAGUUCAGAAUUUC